AUGGAUGGAGGUUCAUUCUCUUCAAGCAUAGGAGAUUCAAUUGAUUUUGAUGAAAAAGAUUUAUCACUUAGUGAUAAACUCAAAGUAUUCAAAGCUUCUGCAUAUGAUCCUGAUUCAUACGUUACAAAUCGAUGUCGUCAAAUGAGCGAAAAGGAAAUAAGGCAUUUAUGCCAUUAUCUUAAGGACUUAAGGAAGGCUUCUGCAGAAGAAAUGCGAAAAAGUGUUUAUGCUAACUAUGCUGCUUUCAUACGCACAUCAAGGGAAAUAUCCAAUCUUGAAGGACAGCUUAUUGCGUUGAGAAAUCUCCUAUCUACUCGAGCAGCAAUUGUUCAUGGUUUAGCUGAAGGAAUUAAUGUUGAUUCUCUGGCUAGCUCUGACGGUUCAACACAAGAUGAUAGGUCUAAUAAUGGUGACAAUGAUAGCAUCAAUACUGAGAGUUGGUUAGGACAAUUUAUAGAGAAGCUUGAAGUGUUACUUGCUGAGAGGAGAGUCGAUGAAGUUUUGGAUGUGCUGGAUGAAGGUGAACAUAUGGCAAAUGAUACUCAUAAUAAACAGACAUUGACUCCAUCCGCGUUAUUAUCAUUGCAGAAAGUUAUCACUGAACAGAAGCAAAAGUUAGCAGCACAGUUGGCAGAAGCUUCAUUCAAGUCUUCAGUUGGUGGUGCUGAGCUUCGUUCUGCUGUACAAGCUCUAAAACGUCUUGGUGAUGGACCUCGUGCUCAUACCUUAAUGUUAUGUUCUCACCAGCAGAAGUUGCAUGGUAAUAUGCAGGGUAUUCGUCCUUCAGGUACUUCACAUGGAGUAGCAUAUAGUGCUUCUCUUUCGCAGCUUGUUUUCUCGACAAUGGCACAGGCUACAAGUGAUUCGUUGUCCUUGUUUGAUGAUGAACCUUCCUAUACAUCUGAGCUAGUAACUUGGGCUGUCAACCAGACAGAGAAUUUUGCUCAUCUUAUUAAGAGGUAUGUCAUAGCUUCACCAGCAGCAUCCGGAUGCUUAAGACCUGUUGCUGAAAGUGUUCACAUAAGUCUCGGGCACUGCUCUUUGUUAGAAGCUCGCGGGUUGGCUCUUUCACCAAUUCUCCUGAAAAAUUUUAAGCCCUGUGUUGAGCAAGCACUGUAUGCCAAUAUAAAGAGGAUUGAGCAGUGCACUGCUGCACUUGCUGCUGCAGAUGAUUGGUCGCUAACUUAUCCACCAAUCGGCUCACGUUCUCUAGGAACUUCAUCUCUUGCUGGUGUAAUCGCCUCCCAACCAAAGCUCUCAAGCAGUGCUCAUAAAUUCAACACAAUGGUUCAGGAACUCUGCGAGGACAUUAGUCCUCUCGAAAUCUUACAAUUGUCGGAAAACACUUUGGAAGGUGUGAUGCAAGUGUUCAACUCAUACAUAGGUAUGUUGGUAAAAGCAUUACCUGGUUCAGUGGACAAUGAGAACCUUGAAGGAUCUGUAAACAGAAUUGUUAGGCUGGCUGAAACAGAACCUCAACAGAUUGCUUUACUAGCCAAUGCAUUAUUGUUAUCAGAUGAGCUAAUCCCUCGUGCAGCCGCCAAGCUUUCAUCUGCACAACAAUCUAAUAAGACAGAUGAUACAUCUAAACGAAGUACGGACAGGCAAUCCCGUCCUAUAGAGCAGAGAGAACUGAAACGGAGACUCCAACGUUUAGUUGAUCAGCUCCGUGACAGCUUUUGUAGGCAACAUGCACUUGAACUCAUUUUCUUGGAAGAUGGUGGCGUUCGUUUAAGUCCAGACAUGUACCUAAAUAUGGAAGGAAGUCCAGAAGAGAUAGAGUGGUUUCCAUCUACAGUAUAUCAGGAAAUGUUCGAGAAGUUGACUCGAAUUGCUAGCAUAGCAUCAGACAUGUUUGUGGGAAGAGAAAGAUUUGCUACUAUUCUUUUGAUGAGACUCACUGAAACUAUCAUCCUCUGGCUUUCUGAAGAUCAAAAUUUCUGGGAAGAGAUUGAACAAGGCCCAAAGCCUUUAGGUCCACUUGGCCUUCAACAGUUUUAUCUAGAUAUGGAGUUUGUGAUACUGUUUGCUUCACAAGGGCGUUACUUGUCUCGAAAUCUUCAACAAGUAAUCAAAAACAUCAUAGGCAGAGCUAUUGAAGCAGUUGCUGCAAGCCACAUUGAUCCAUACAGUGUGUUACCAGAGGAUGAUUGGUUUGCAGAAGUUGCUCAAAUUGCUAUAGAUAUGCUAACUGGGAAAACACAAGUAGGGGCAAUGGAGAAUGUUAAUAGCCCUACAGCAUCAUCAGUUCUUUCUCAUGGAAGUAACUAAAUUUACAACUGUCUUUCCACCAAUUAAAAUACUACGUUUAGUUUCUUGAUUUGAUAAUCAGCUAACACACUUCAUUCAGUUGG